CUGCUAAGGGCGGCAGAUUUGCGUUUAUUUUGCGGGGUUUCCGUGCAUUGCGUUUUGUGUAGCGUUGGGUGCCCUUGAUUGUGACCGGAGUUACUGUAGUGCAAUCAAGAUGGAGCUUGAUAUGAACAGAGUGGAGAGUAGAAUCAAAAGCUACAAGUGGUGGCCCAUAGAGGAUGAACCAGGAUGUGUGUGCACAAUAAAGAAGAUGGCGGAGAGCGGCUUCUUCCAUUGCGGCGGCGACGACGAGCCGGACCUCACGCGCUGCUUCGUCUGCUUCAAGGAGAUGGAAGGCUGGGAGGCUGAGGACAACCCCAUGGGGGCGCGGUACCACACCAAGAAGUGCGCCUUCGCCAAGCUGGGCAAGCCCGCCUCGGAGCUGACCAAGGCCGAGAUCGUGAAACUCAUCAACUUCCAGCAGACGGAGCGGCUGCGGAUGCUUUGCGAGCAGCGGGCGGCCGAGUUC